CCUGGAGCGUCUGGCUCGUGGCUCGAGGCAUCUUUGCGCGAGAGUUGCUCUUCUUCUUCUCGACCUACAGAACUUUACACGAACUUGUUUUCUUCGCCGCCGGGUCGGCCAGGGCCAUGACGCCGUCCUCAUUCGUCGCCCUGCUGCUGCUGCUGGUUUCGCGCUCGCGCGCCACGGCCGGCGGCCGCGCGUGCCCAGACGCGGAGUCCCAGCUGCUCCAGCUCUCGAGCAGUCAGAGCUCUGGCGGCGGCGUCGGCUCGGGGCUGGCGGCCACGGACCUGGAUUCCGUGGUGUGGCCCACCCGCGGCGGAAAGACGAGCUCCUGCUGCCGCUGCAACUACGUCAUGCGCAUCCGCGUCCCGGCCGCGAACAUGCCCGCCGGCCCGCAGCAGCUUCGCAUCAAGUUCGCACAGUCGAACAACGGCAUCGCGUAA